UGCCCCCUGCAGUAAGUCACUCCAGCUAGUUUAGCUACGAUCCAUGGGCUGGAUUCUCAGGGAGGCUGCCUGCCCAGGGAAUGGGCAACUUGGCCUGGGUUGCAGGGGCCAGGAAUGCUGCACAGAAAGGACCUUCGCCUCUUCCGCCGCCACCACGCUCCUCUCGCGGGCUGCGCCUCUGCCGCGUCUCCGUUGACACCCUUCUUCCGUCGGCCUUUGGAGCGGGGCCCGGGUGGGAGCCUAGCAAGCAGCAAGCGAGCCCGCCCCGCAGGCGCUCUCUGGCUCUGACCGCGCUCCGGGCCUCUCCCGGGUCCCCACCGGAAGACCAGAGCCAGCCGCGAGCAAACUUUCCAGCCCUGGAAAGUCAGGCGGCGCUGCGAGCAGGGGAGUGGCCCCUUCGCCCGGGCCUCCUUGGGGCGGCUCUGACCGUGGUCCUUGCGGCCCGAGCACUCAGAGGCCGGAGUAACCGUGUGGCCACACCUGAACCCCGCCGGGCCUUGCUGUCCCGAGGUUUCCCUAGUCCUGCCUUUGGAGCAUGACAGCUGAGACGCCGGGCCUCUGAUGAAUCCAGCGCUGCUUCCCCGCUUGCCUCUGUUUUGGGACUGUCCUCCUUAAAUCCAUGUUAGCCACACUGGUGAACAACAAGAUGAAGUUUCAGGGGUUUCUCCUGGAUCUAAAGUAAAGUGUGCCGUCAAGUCAAUUCUAGGAACAGUAAAAACUGUGAACUGAAGCAGAGUGAAAGCGACCACUGCUGCUUAGGAUCUACGUAGUUCCAUCUGAGUGCUUGUGGCUGUCCAGACGUGUGACAUUAUCUCUACCCCAGGGCUUUUGCAGUCUACAUUGGAUCUAUUUUCAAGGGAUUAUGUUCUGCAGCAGACGGAUAAGAGAAAAACACUGUUGAAUGUUUUUGAUCAUCUGCAAAAGAAGUUGGUAUUUAUGCUGAAACAAAACUGGAUUAACCAUGAGGCCAAAGACUUUUCCUGCUACCACUUACUCUGGGAACAGCAGACAAAGAUUGCAGGAAAUCCGGGAAGGCUUGAAGCAGCCUACCAAAUCUUCCAGUCAGGGUUUACCGAUUGGACCAGGUGGCGAUGGUUCUCUAGACCCUAAAAUCCUAGUAGGGAAAGAUGCUGCCAGGCAACAGCAAAUGCGUCCAGCUGCCAAGUUUGGACCUUACCAGAAAGCGCUGCGAGAAAUCAGGUAUUCUUUGCUGCCCUUCGCCAAUGAGUUGGGCACCACCUCUGCAACCGUUGAAGUCAAUAGGCAGAUGCUGCAGGAGCUGGUGAAUGCAGGAUGUGAUCAGGAGAUGGCUAUAAGAGCCCUCAAACAGACUGGCAGUAGAAGCAUCGAAGCAGCUUUGGAAUACAUUAGCAAGAUGGGAUACUUGGACCCCCGAAAUGAACAAAUAGUCCGUGUAAUUAAACAGACUUCUUCAGGAAAGGGUAUUAUGCCAAAUAACGUAAGCCGUAGGCCAAGUUUUGAAGGAUCCAGCGAAUCUUUUCCGUCCUAUCACCAGAUCAGCAAUCCAGCCUAUGAAGGGACAGGCUUUGGGGCCGAAGCAGCCAACAUGCUCAGUGAGGUUCCCAGGCCAUAUAUGGACUACUUGCUCUCUGCUUCCCAGUCUGCAACCCUGAAUGGUCCAGUGCAGAGACCACCUAGUGUAGGCUCCCACAACACGCCUGGAAGUCACCCACAGAAAACAUACCCUGCAAACAUAGAUUACCCAGUGGCUAGUCACAGCAACCAGGCUUUGCAGCUUCAGGGAACCCAUGGCCCUAACAGCCCACAUUACAGCAGGCAGCCUAUGAUGGUGCAGGGAGAGGCUCUCGGAUAUAGCAUUCAGCGAAGUCAGUCUUUUCAAAACAAGUUGCAGCAGGAGGGAGGGUAUCCGAGCCUCCCAAACAAAGGAACGGUUGUUCAGAAUAAUUCUGGCCACGGGUUCCAGCAGGCGCCAACAGGCCUAUAUAUGCCACACCCUCAUCACAAGCAACCAAUCCCAUCUUCUCACCCAAUGCAUGUGAUCACCAGAGGCCCGGCAUUUACAAAUGAAUUUUCAGACAGCCCGCCACAGGGUCUGUUGACGCCAUCUAGAAACAGCCUGAACAUGGACCUGUAUGAUAUGAGUAACCCUCAAGUUCAGCAAUGGCAAGCAACGUCUUCCUCCUCAUCGUCGUCCUCCUCUCGACGCGAUUCAUUACAAAACCCAACAUUGGAAGCUUCUCCCCGGCAACUUGGGCCCUUCAGACCAGAAGCCUGUGUGCCAAGCAGAACCAAUUCAUUUAAUAACCAUCAGCAACAGAUACCUGUAUCCAUGAGGCAGACACCUUCAAGCAAAGCUGAUGCUUCCAUUACUCCUCCGAAUACCAUCACAGCGGUCACAUCUGCUCAUAUUCUCCAACCAGUGAAGAGCACAAGAGUAAUGAGGCCUGAACCUCAGACUGCUGUGGGCCCUGCUCACCCAGGCUGGUUACCUGCACAGUCUUCAGCUGUGGAUAGUUUAGGAAUGAUCGAACAGCACCCCCUACCUGUCGGAGUAACUAAUGCCUAUCAAUUAGAGAUUGAUUAUAGCAAUCAGGAGCUCCGGUGUCCACCCCCACCAUACCCUAAGCAUUUGCUGCUGCCUGGUAGCUCUGAGCAGUUUAAUAUCAACUGUUUACGUACAGGAAUAGAGCAGACCCUUCGGGGAGUCCAAAACUCAGCAGCUAACAAAGCUGAAGAAAAUGGGGAAAAGAACGAGAAAAUCAAAAUGGCCAAAGUGGAAAAAAUGGGGAAGGACAAAAAACAGAUCCAGACAUCCCCUGUGCCAGUGCGGAAGAAUGGCAAAGAUGAAGAGAAAAGAGAAUCCCGGAUUAAGAGUUAUUCACCAUUUGCCUUUAAGUUCUACAUGGAGCAGCAUGUAGAGAAUGUCAUAAAGACCUACCAGCAAAAAAUUAAUCGCCGUCUGCAGUUGGAGCAAGAAAUGGCCAAAGCUGGCCUUUGUGAAGCAGAGCAAGAGCAAAUGAGAAAAAUCCUCUACCAAAAGGAGUCCAACUACAACAGGCUGAAAAGAGCCAAAAUGGACAAAUCGAUGUUCGUGAAAAUCAAGACUCUGGGCAUUGGUGCUUUUGGGGAAGUAUGCCUGGCCUGCAAGGUGGACACUCAUGCUCUGUACGCUAUGAAAACCUUGAGGAAGAAAGACGUGCUGAAUCGUAACCAGGUGGCUCAUGUCAAGGCAGAGAGGGAUAUCCUUGCAGAGGCAGACAACGAGUGGGUGGUUAAGCUGUACUACUCCUUUCAAGACAAAGAGAACCUAUACUUCGUGAUGGACUAUAUCCCUGGUGGAGACAUGAUGAGUUUGCUGAUCCGGAUGGAAGUCUUCCCAGAAAAGCUAGCUCGGUUUUACAUUGCUGAACUCACAUUGGCCAUAGAGAGUGUGCACAAAAUGGGGUUUAUCCACAGAGAUAUUAAGCCUGAUAACAUUCUGAUUGAUCUCGAUGGACACAUCAAAUUGACUGACUUUGGCCUCUGCACUGGAUUCAGAUGGACACACAACUCAAAAUACUAUCAAAAAGGGAGCCACAUCAGGCAGGACAGCAUGGAGCCAAGCGAUCUUUGGGAUGAUGUGUCCAACUGUAGGUGUGGAGACAGGCUGAAGACACUGGAGCAAAGAGCUAAAAAGCAACAUCAGCGAUGUUUAGCCCACUCAUUAGUUGGCACUCCCAAUUACAUUGCACCAGAAGUUCUGCUUCGAAAAGGAUAUACUCAGCUUUGUGACUGGUGGAGUGUUGGUGUGAUUCUCUUUGAGAUGCUGGUGGGGCAGCCUCCCUUUCUCGCUCCCUCUCCCACAGAAACCCAGCUGAAGGUGAUAAACUGGGAGAACACACUUCACAUUCCCUCCCAGAUCAAGCUAAGCCCUGAAGCAAGUGACCUUAUCACAAAACUGUGUUGCGCUGCUGAAGAGAGACUUGGAAGAAAUGGAGCAGACGAUAUUAAGGUCCACCCUUUCUUUGACUCCAUAGACUUCUCCACUGACAUCCGCAGGCAGCGAGCUCCUUAUGUCCCCAAAAUCAGCCAUCCAAUGGACACCUCAAAUUUUGAUCCAGUAGAUGAAGAUGGUCCUUGGGAUGAUGCUAGUGAGGAUAGCACCAGGGCAUGGGACCCGCAGACCUCAUCAGGUGGCAAACACACAGAACAUGCCUUCUAUGAGUUCACCUUCCGAAGGUUCUUUGACGACAAUGGAUACCCAUUCAGAUAUCCAAAGCCUUCUAGGCCGGAAGUAAGCCAGUCUGAGAAUUCAGAUGUCGAAAGCAAAGAUGGGCUGGAUCAAACUGGAGCCUGUCAACCUGUAUAUGUGUAAAUUGUGUACAAAAUUCUCAAAAACUUUCAUUCACAAAUUUAGGGUCUUCCUUUUAUGGUCCUUAGUUGGAGUAAGUUCCAGUUGAGGCUAAUAUGAGUCUGGAGAAUCAUGGACUUGCAGACAAGGUCUUAAAUGAAAGCUGGUUCUGUUUUAGGCCAUUCAGAAUUGUAAAUAGCUACAUUGAUGAGUGCACUUGAAAUCUAGAUUUUCAUCCUAAUUUUCAAGGGAGGGUAUUUUACCCUGCUUAGCCCAUUUUUCCUCUGGAUUAGUGUUGUGUACCCUAAGCAUUUACAGAUUUCCACAGCAUUCUGAGUGAGCAAAGAGCACUUAUUUUUGUUUAUAGCAGGGUUUUUCCCCCUACUAAAUUAUAGGGGUUAAGUGUGACAAAUCAUGCUGCUGUUCUUCUUUUCUACAUUUUUUUAAUGUUCUCCAUCGCACUUAUGUCACAUUUUUAGGAAAAUGCAUAAAACUGAAGAACGUGUGAUUAAAGGUCUCUGUGCAAUAAUGUUUAAUAAGAGGAAAAAGAAAUCCGUUGUCUACCUGUGCCAUGUUUAUUCACACCAAGAUCUUUGUGUGUUUUUCCACAUUUCAAAAUCUUGACAAUUUUUGAAGCUGCUUUAUUUCCCUUUUAUCCCCUUUUAAUUUUGGAAUUUAGUGUAAUCAGAGUGUGAGCAAGUGGUAAUCUGGGUGUGAAUUCAGUGACAGAUGUGUGGAGAAUGUUGCAUGGGCUAUGAUUAGUUUUGUUUUCCUGUUUGAAAUGACAUUUUCUUGCCAUUCACAGGCAGGUCCUGUGUAUCCUUUUAAAAAAAACACCCUGAGGAUCUACAGCUUUAGACCUUCAGAACUUGUGUGCUGACAAAGAAUUGCAUGGAUGGUUUUUCUAUUACAGCUGUAUCUGUAUGUCACUUUUGUAUUCCGUAAAACCAGUUACAAAGCUCUAGUUCAAGUUUGGGACUGGCAGUGUGUAUAGGGGAGGAAGAAGUUGGUUGAGUUGAUCACCUUGCUUCAUAAAGUAGCCUCCCUCCUGAAGAAAGAUAAAGAGCAAACCAGUGCUUUUAAAAUCAAUUUAUGGCCAAAAUCUAUCGAUUAUGUAAGAUGGCCCACUCACCUAGCACAUAAUAUGCAGUGUUCAGUUGUUUGAAAUUUGCCACAUAGUAUUCAUGAAUAUCAGCAUUUAGUGUCUGUAUGGGAAGAAUAUAUAAAGUAUAAUUUAAUUCCCUGUGCCUUACAUUUGAUUCAGGAGCCUUAUUUUUUUAUCCUCAACAUUGAUAGGACUCUUCAGAGCAGUCAUGUUAAUUCAUUAAUAGUAUCUUCUUCUUUCUGGAAUGUAUUGAUCAUAUGAAGCUGCCUUAUGCUGAGUCAGGCCAUUAGGACCAUCUGGGCAGUACACUCCAGGGGUUCUCAAACUUGGGUCCCCCAGAUGUUGUGGAUUAUAGCUCUCCAGCCACCAUAGCUUUUGUCCAUUGUGGCUGGGGAUAAUGGGGGUUGUAGUCCAACAACAUUUAGGGACCCAAGUUUGGGAAUCCCUGAUCUACUGUAAUGGCAGUCUCUCUCAAGCAGAGACCUUUCUCCAGCCCUGGCUCCAGGCGCGGAGCCAGCCAAAUGAUGGCUUGGGCCCGCCCCGCCCAGUGGCCCCUCUAGCAAUGUCCCAUGCACGUGAUGUCACGUGCACUGGGUGUGGCUCAGGCUCAGGCUCCGGAAGAGCCCCAAGACUCCCCACACCCUGGCUUCAGAGAUCCCCAAGCGAGCUCUCCCCUGUCCUCUUCAGGCAGAGUUUGCUGCUUGAAAGCCUUUAUUUCCCUUUCUCUCCCUCCAGCAGGGGAGAGAAAAGGAAAUUGAUAUUGACAGGCAGCAAGCACUGCCUGAAAUGACAAGGGAGACUUACUCGGGCUCUCCAGAGCUCGAGGCCACGCCCCCUUUGGGUGUGACAUCACAUACAAAGAGGGCAUGGCCCAGGCUUGGGAGAGCCUGAGCGAGCUCUCCCCCUGUCAUUUCAGACAGCGCUUGCUGCCUGUCAACAUCUAUUUCCCUUUCUCUCCUUGUUAGAGGGAGAGAAAGGGAAAUAAAGGCUGUCAGGCAGCAAACACUUCCUGAAAAGGACAGGGGAGAGCUCGCUCGGGGCUCUCCGAAGCCUGGUGUGGGGAGUUCACUCAUGGCUCUUCCGGAACCCAAGCCAUGCCCCACUGAGAGCUUCAGUGCCCUUUCCAUUGGCAGCCUGGGUUCUUUGAACCCGUUUACACAACGGUGGCUCCGGCCCUGCCUGGCUCCUUUUAGGUGCAAGGUUUGAACUUGGGAGCCUGUACAUACAAAGCAUGUAUUUUAACACUGAGUUAUAGCUACAGGGGCAAAGCACCAUAUGUAGCUAUCAUGGGUAUUCAUAUAGAGAAUGCUCAAGACCAUAAAGAAGAUACAGCAACGUAUCUUGGGAUUUCUAGCUGCUUCUCUGUGGUUGACUUGGAGGCUUAGAAACUGCAUUCAUUGUAAAAGUAAAAAAUCUGCGAAUGGGCACUAUUACCAGUGGUUACAAAAACCUAACAGAUAUUUUCCUGGGAUGUGUACCUUCUGAUAACAUGACCACACAAUGAUGGAACUUGUUUGUCAACAACUUGUUGUAUCAACAAUGGCUGCCACUGUUCAGAGGCUGCUAGGAAUUAUGAAUAAUUCUGUCCUACUCAGACAGGCAAUCCUAUCCUAACCACAUAUACAAAAAAGUAAUAUGCUUGGGGUUAUAGCAUAUUAGUUGUCAAAGUGAAGUACCCAUGUCUUUAAAAUGCUGGCCCUGAUUAUACCGGGUCUGUUAUAUUAUUUUCAUAUUUUUAUGAUGGGCCAUACUAAUCCUUCAUCUGUAUCAAAAUGCAAGCAUACUUAAAAUAUUUUAAAAAUUGUUUAAAAUAUGCAUUUUUAUUAGCUAUGUUAACGUGAGGAUUAUUCAAAGUGAUAAUGGAAUACUAAAGAUAAUUAAGCCAUACAUAUCUUCAUUUAUAUACUAUAUAUACCUAAAUAGAUUUUUUUUUUCAAAUCCUUAAUUCAGAUUAGUUUAACAGUCCUAUUUUUAAAUGAUUGAUUGCAAUAACAUUUGAGGGCAAUAUUCCAUGAUGUUUUUGCUUUAUUUUAAGUUUUUUAAAUCUGAAGCUUCAUUUCCCCCCCAUGUUAUUCCACAUAUUAUUCCUUAACAUUUUAGCCUAUCAUAUCCUACCCAUUGUCUAGAUAUCUAAAGCAACAACACCUGUAAGUCCAUCAGGCUAAACUAAACAAAAUGAUUGUGUAUUUGUUUACAUUUGUAUGAAAGGAGUGUUCUGAGGUAUGCGGUGCUUGUGUUGUGGCAGUCUAUGAAAGAUUCAGUAUUACUACUUUUUUAUAUAAUAAUGCCAUGUUUUUGAUAUUUACAUCUAUCUGACAUUCUUUCAUGUGGUAGGUUCUUCCUCAGGAAUGCAGUUUAACUGUUAUUUAUUUAUCAUUUGCCUUUCGAAAGCUUCUGCUGGCACAAUUUAUUAUUAAAAAAAAAUCCAAAUCCAAA